GCCUGCUGUUAGCCGAAGAAGAAUUUCGGGAUGGCCUUCUGUGAUGUGUGUGUGUUUUAUUCGUGUAGUAAAGCGUCACAUUGUAGUACGAAAUAGUGCGUCGUGUCUUGUGACACUCGGGUCACGAAGACGGUCUGGACGGACUCCGAAAUGCUGCCCGGGUUGCUUUUGUUUGUGUCGGCGAUGGGCUCGCUGCUCGGCGCGGACAGCACAGCCGGGAGAAAGCUGCACUAUGUAACCGUGCUGUUUCGCCACGGCGACAGAUCGCCGGUGAAGGCCUAUCCCACCGACCCCUACCAAGAGAACGCCUGGCCUCAAGGCUUCGGCCAGCUGUCCCGGGAAGGGAUGCGUCAGCACUUGGAGUUGGGCCGCUUUUUAAGGACUCGAUACCGAGGCUUUCUCAAUGACAGCUACGUCCGACACGAGAUCUCUGUUCGCAGCACGGACUACGAUCGCACCCUGAUGAGCGCCGAGGCCAACCUCGCAGGGCUCUACCCUCCCAGCGAUGAGCAACUCUUCUCCCCGGACUUGAAGUGGCAGCCCAUCCCCGUGCACACCGUGCCGAAGAGCGAAGAGAAGCUGCUGUCCUUCCCUCUGGGCGACUGCCCUCGCUACGAGGAGCUCAUGAACCAGACUGAACUCACCCAGGAAUUCCUCAACGUAACGGCCGCUAACAAGGACAUCAUAGCGCUGGUGAAAAACCAAACAGGACUGAAUAAGACCAGCGUGGACACGGUGUGGGGGGUGUAUGACACCCUCUUCUGUGAGUCCCGUCACAACAUGACGGCUCCUACCUGGGUGACCCCGUCCGUCAUGGAGAAGCUGCGCUUCCUCAAAGACUUUGGCUUCCGGGUUGUCUUUGGCGUCUACAAGCAGCAGGAGAAGAGUCGCCUGCAGGGAGGGAUGUUAUUGGGCGAAAUAGUGAAGAAUCUUUCCAAAGCCGCCGUUUCUACGGACAAGCAGCGUCUGAAAAUGAUGAUGCUUUCAGCGCAUGACACCACCGUGGCCGCCCUGCAGGCCAGCUUGAACGUCUUCAAUGGCAGACAGCCGCCCUACGCCUCCUGUCACAUGAUCGAGCUGUACUUGGAGGAAAACGGGUCCGCAUCGGUGUCCAUGUUUUACCGCAACGACAGCAGGGAGGAUCCGUACGCUCUUCAGCUGCCGGGCUGCUCCAUGGACUGCCCCCUAGAGGACUUUAUCAGAAUCACAAAGCUCUCCAUCUCCGACGACAGAGAGCAAGAAUGCCGGCUGCCUUCCAGCGCCAGCAACAAAGAAGUGAUCAUCACUCUGGCGGCGUCGGGGUGCCUGCUGCUGUUCCUCGUCGUCGUCCUCUUCAUCUCCAUCAUCCGCCACAGGGAGCCGCCGGGCGGCCGGGGCUACCGCCACGUCAUCAACCAGGACGGGGGCGAGGAGUCCUGACAGGAGCGGGGCGGCGGGGUGGUCGUCGUCGGUCGCAGACGAAGCAGCUCGUCGUCGUGGGACCGCAGCGAUGAAGAUGAAGUUUGACACACAUGAGGGGGGAAGAGGGAGCUCACGGCUUUCCUCUUUUAGACGGAGAAUCUUUUAAAGAUGAGGAGUGUGCGCUCGUACGCCUGUUUUUGUGAGUGUUUUGUUAUGCUCCCGACCAAGUAGGUGUGGCCUGCUGGAUGAAUGUUUGUACUUCACGUUUCUGUUUUGUUGCCAAAACAAAUGUUUGAUUUCACUGGAACAGCAGGGACAUGGAAAAACCAGCAUCAUUUUACAAGAAUAAAGUCUUUAACAAUUA